AUGGAGACGCACAUGAGCCGGUUCCGUAUACGGCCGUCAAGGAAUAAGGGCGUUUCGAUCAGGGCCGAAAGACCGCCAUCCCGAACCUCGUCGGCGACUCAAUUGCUCGUCGGUACCGAUAUGGAUGAGCGCAACGUAUCAGAUGCAGCCUCGGCCCCUGCCGCAUGCGCGGGAAACACGGCUUGGGCAGACCAUUUACCAACAUCUGAGAUGGCUGAAUUGAGGGAGCGGCUUGCCUUGAUGGAGCGUCUGGUCGGCGACAUGGGCAUGUUGGCGGCUUCGCGGGUCAAUCAGGAGAAUGUUCUCGCCGAAACACCACCAAUGCAUGGCCCAAACAUAUCGACACAAGUUCGGCUCGAGCCAUCACCAGAAGCGGUGCGAACGCCUCCUUCACUACGGCUUCCAGUGCAGGCAGCAUCUCCAGUUCAUUCAGCACGGCGUCGUGUCUCCCACUCAUCUUAUCAUACAACCGAGGAGCGCGAGUUGAAAAGACGGUGUCUCCUACCAGACGAGGAGCCAACCGACCGCUCAAGAAACAUAGUCGAACCGAACCAGGUUCAACGUCCAGAAUCAGCACACCUCGAAGCCUCUUGUGACGCUCUUAUAGAUGCCUAUUUUCGAGACGUUCAUCGCGCGUACCCCUUUCUUGACAAGAGCGCCCUGCUUAGCACUAUGAAGAAGAGAAGUGAGAAGGAUAUCCUUUCAAGCAAAGGUCAAGACCCAGAAGCCACCAUUCUAUAUCUAGAUCCUGGAACCCCAUCCGACUCUGGGACAGUCUUGUUUGAUGUUGAUUAUGAAGGCCUGGUCUCAAAGUGCAUGAUGAACGAAAGCAUAACAAAUCUGCAGAUCUUGUUAUUGCUUGCAAUUUAUUCCCAAUCUGAUCCCUCCGGAAUGAACACAUGGGCAAUAGUAGAUGUCCUGGGCCGGCAGGCCCUGCGCCUGGGUCUCACAAAGGGGGAUACUGCUGGCAAGGGCUAUUCUGCGGCCGAGGUGGAACGAAACCAUCGUCUGUUCUGGAGUAUUUAUGUUCUAGACAGGAUGGUUGCACUUACGACCGGCACACCGGUAGCCAUGAUCGAUGCCAAUAUGGACAUACCUCUGCCUCGGAUCACCGUUGAGGAGUUUGAUUCGCCCCAGCGCCAGGAGCAAGCGCACGUGCUCCAGGUCUCCCGGCACAUUAUACAACUUCGUACGAUUGAAUACAAGGUUCUCCAAGAAAUACACCUCCGAGACCAAAAGUCUACCAGUGCAUUGACGCGCGAGGACCGCUACACUCUUAUCGUGGGCCUCCGGGCAGAGAUAGAGGACUGGUACAGCAAUGGCUGUCUCCUACAAUCGAAUGAGCUCGACGAUAUGACGAUUCAUAUUCGAAUAUGCUGGCUUGCAGCGCGAUACUACAACCUGCUACUUCUUCUCUACUACCCAUGUCAUUUCAACCCAGGGACAAUGCUCCUUUCCAACGGCGAGCUGCUUUCACUGGCGAGAAAGCAUGUCCAGGCUAAUUUCGUACGGUUCCAGCAGCGGCAACUGCCUUUGAACCGCCUCACUCUCUGUAGAAUAUUCCCCGUGUGCAUGGUGUUUCUUCACUGUUUCCUCUCUCGUCAAAGCGUGGCAGAGUGCGCGCGCGCUCGUGAAGAGAUAUCCAUGUGCGCUGAUAUUCUCGCCGCCUUCCCAGAAAGCUGGACGCUUGCUCAUCGCGCGGCGCCCAUUAUUUGCCAACUGGCUGCCCUGGUAUCCAGCACUUCCACGAAGAUUGGGGAUGAGGCAGGCCUCACAGAAGCGGAUCAGGCUUGGUGCCUGGCAAUCAAGCUCAGUCUUUCCGAACUCUCCGAAAAGGUGCUAGGAAGAGGAAGUAUCUACAGAAAUAUUCAUUGCUGGCAGGGUUCGGAGUGUACGAUGCCUGAGAGUGAACUGCUGUCUGAGAAGCCUUCGUUGCCUUGUGCACACUUUACACCAGAAGAAGGCGAUGGGAUUGAAGUCCAGAAUGGAGCUUUUGUUCUCGAAGCUACCCAAAAGACUUCAAGUGAUUCUGCGAUAUUUGUAGGGCCUUCUAUUUUGGACUACUUGUGA